AUGGUUAAGAAUGUCCCAACGAUCGAGGCUAUCCGAUCGAAACUCGGUGUAGGCGUACCUGGCGACAAGGAAAGCAAGAUAUUUCGGAGAGUUGUCAAGGAGUUCCAUCAAGACUACAAGACCGCCAAUGGUACUCCAGGGGCUGUAUUUACACAAUGGACAAAUCCUACCCAUCAAGACGCUCUUCGGCGAAUGGCAGAAGAGUUCUUGGAGGUGCGUGGUUGGGCAAAGCGAUUUUGGCCAGACACUGCAGGUUCAGGGACUGUCAAAAAGCUCAAAUGGUCGGAGAAUCACAUUCAUUCGACCAGGACAACCACGACCCACACUGGAGACGUUACUAUGAAUGAUAUGAUGGGGCCUCGACACCAAGAUGACCAGUACGACGACAUUUUCCGUCCCUCAAAUCCGUAUCGCGUUCCCUCAAGCCCCGAACAGAUUUCCACAACUAGCGACCGUUCCUGCACAAUUUUUGACAUUCCCCAAGAUUCCAACCCUUUAUUAGGCCUUCCAAACGAAAGUUCAGGUCCAACUUCCAGACCAUUAGCCCCCGUCGCCCCGAUGAGUGAGCGUGCGGUUCAUCAUAGUUCUCCUUUUGGUACAUCAGACAGCGAGGCAGGAAUUAACUCACCUCGUUGGGGUUCUCCAGUUCUAAGCAAGCGGAAAAAAUCAGAAUGGCGUUGUAGCCCAGACCUCGGAACCCCUCGACCUCGCAAGGCCAUCUCAUCAGGAAAUACUGGGAGUGUUCGGCACAACUCAAGGCCAAGUUCUAUCUCUGAGGAUGUAGCACGCCUGUCUACAGAAGACAGAAUUCUCUCAGGAGAGGCUGACGAACCGAUCAUGGUCAUGCCACCGCCUCCUCGUCCACGACCAGUACUACAAACCAACAACGCACAGCGAAGAGUGAAUAUAAAAUACGAAGUAGAGAUAUCUCCUGGAACCUUUCGAAGAUGGGAUCAUCGCGGGGCUUUCAACCACAUGUCGAUUGAGGAGUUUCAAGAUAUUCACGACUUCCAUGACAUUGACUCGGUCCAGUUUAUCCUAAAACGACGUGGCAUGAGCUGGGAUGAUGUAGUGUCCCGAGACAACGAAGAUGGCUUCAAGGAUAUGAGGACAAGGCUCAAGGACAGAAUUCAGGAAGACCUUGCAGAAAUUGGUUUUAGCCAGGACGUUGUUCUUUAUAGUAUUGUUAUCGUCCCUAUUCGGAGGACUUCUGAAACUAAUGAGGACUUCAUCAGGUCACAAACUAUUUUUCUAUAA